AUGGCAGCAGCUGACUGGUCUAUUGUAUCUGGCUCGCCAAACGCGUCAUCUUUACCCACUCGACUUUGUCGCAUUGACCAGAUUUCGCUUCUUUAUUGCUUGUGGUACGUAUUCAUUAUCUGUGAAAAAUUUUUUCCAGUGAAGUUAUUCAGAAGUGAAAUGGAUUCCAUUGCUAUUGGGUUUUUUCACUUAUUUAACUUCGUAUCCAAAUUAAGUUCAUCAGAAGGAUUUAGAUAUCAAUAAUU